AAAAUAUCGAAUAUUCCAAAACGAUUGUUUGUAUCCUCGCCGAGUUACCAUAACAACUCGCCCAGUUAACCAAAAUAUUUUGAGAAUACUCCACCAGUUUGGUUUAAAACAAUAAUAUUAGCCGUAAAAACAAUGGGACUGUUUCAAAAAUUCGCCAAUUUCCUGGGCGUGCGAAAGAGGGAAGUCAACGUAUUGGUCGUGGGUUUGAACAACAGCGGAAAAACCACCGUAGUAAACAGAUUUAAAAGCGAAGAGGAGCGCGUCACCGAUAUUGUACCCACUGUUGGAUUCUCCGUGGAAAAAUUCCAAAAUAAAAACCUCUCGUUUACGGCCUUCGACAUGUCGGGUCACGGGCGCUACAGGGACCUGUGGGAGCACUACUACAAAGACUGUCACGGCAUCGUGUUCGUGAUCGACAGCAGCGACCGGCUGCGGCUGGUCGUGGUGAAGGAGGAAUUGGACCUGCUGCUGCAGCACCCGGACGUUUGCAACAGGAAACUGCCCAUCCUGUUCUUCGCGAAUAAAAUGGACAGCAAGGAGGCGCUGAGCAGCGUCAAAAUAGCGGCAGGAUUGGGCUUGGAUAAGAUCAUCGAUAAGCCUUGGCACAUUUCCUCGAGCAACGCUUUAACCGGAGAGGGAUUGCAGGAAGGGGUCGAAUGGUUGACGCAGCAAAUAAGGGAUAUGAUUCUUUCUAAAACGUAGUACUUAAUGGUAUAGGUAUAAGCUUUUUUAAUUAAUAAAAAGACGGUUCUUAUUUACUAUUAAAAUGACUUAUUUUUCGUAGUAUAUAGGGUGUUUUAUUUGGGAUAUCUUGUACAUUGUAAUUUGUGAUAUAGGUGUAUAGGUCCUAAUGUAUACGUAAUAGUAAUUAAAAAUGUUUGAUAAUUACCUUGUUUUAUCUAUAUAAAUAAAGAUUCUUAAAGUUGUGAGUAAUUAAAUAUACAGGAUGCAUCUAAAACAAGUGGUCAAACUUUGGGAGCAAGUAGAGAGCCUCAAAAUACGACUUAAAUGUCAUUUUAUCGAAAUGUCAAGUUUUUGAAAGAAUUCAUUCCUACUAGAUUUUUAUAGAUGACAAUAGUUUCAUAAUUUUGUGUAUCAGAAUUUUAAAAGUCAUUUUUAUAGUGAAAACUGUUCACUUU